AUGGCCAUGUACCUGCAGACAGCUGUCUCCAAGCAGCAGGACACCACCUUCUCCAGCGAGGUAGGCAGACACACACAAUACACUAUGGAUAUGGUCAUACAUUUAUCAAUGUAUUCUUCAAUUACCAGUUUUAGGUCACAUAGACUUACUGACAAACCUUCUAACCUUAGAAGCGUCUAACAAUGUAGGAGAUAAGAUGAAAAAGAAAUCAUUUAUUUUCGAUGAUUGUCCCAGUGUUUGAAUGCUUUGUGUCCAUUCUAAUGAGCCAAAUGCAUUUUUUUAUUGUAUUAAUUGUGUGUUUCAUCAUAAUUAAUAACAGUGGGUCCUGUUAACACUGCCAUGUCAUGUGUGACUGUAUGACCAUUACAUUUUUAAUAAGGUUGCAUAAUACGGCUAUUUACAGUAGAUAAUUACGACCAUGUUUUACAGUAGUCGCUGUCAGGCAAAGAGUCAGAGUGGCGUGAUUGUUGUGAUAGCCACUGAUGACUUUGUGGUGCUAUAUUAGUGGAAAGUGAUGACAGCUGACUAGUGGGAGAGUUCAGUGGCCCUGCAGACCCAAGGAAACACGACUCCUCUCAUGGGGCUCAGAGUGGAAAUGGGAGCAGACAGGCAACACAAUGGGGUAUCUGUGCCCCCUGCAGGAUCCCAUUAGUCAUGUUCUAGACCUCAAAGCUGUCAACUGGACUCUGCAGGGCGGGCAAAACAACUAUCUGCCUAGACAACAUGCUGUGUUGCACCACCCAAAAAGCAACCAACUAGAAAGAUUGCUCUGCCAUUGUGUAAACAAAAUGCCACAUGCUGUCUGGAGUCCUACAUUGAAAUGUGUGUGUGUGUGUGCGUGGCCUGCAGGCCCGCGUAUGUGUGCGUAAACACACUGUAGUCUCAGUAAUGGCUGCGCCAGUAUUUUCUAUUAACUUGCAGAAGUCUGUAAUGAAACCCAAGCUCAAUAGCCUAUUAGGCAUCUGUCUGAUCUCAGGCCAUGUAGAAGUGCAGGCAGCUAAUGAUGUUCCACUGCUUCAUUAGGUCAUGGAGGAGUCUGAGGUUUGUUCUGUGCCUGGGGGGCUCGCCAGCAUCAGGGCACAAUUCGAGAACCAGGAAACUGCAACAUUGCACAACGUCUCCCAGUUCCACUUCCACCGCAGAGCUGUGCAGGUACUGUUUUUAAUGCAGGCUAAUGUCAGACAUGCGAUGCAUGGGGGAACGUGCAGAUGUAGUAUGACCUAAGCUGGUCUAAUUCCAGCCUACCAUCCAUCCACACCACUGUGUUCCUGCCCGCAUAACUUCCCCUGCUGAGUGGAAGUCACUCACUCGGUGAGCAAGCACAAAUCUUGGUGAAUAUUGAAUGAUUGAAGAGGCUGGGGAGAUGCCCUCUACUACAUUAUCUUUCACCUUGCCGUGCUCCAAAGGCUCAAGUUACAGAUGUUAGAUUUAAUUUGAUGCACUGCUAGACAGAGCUGGCCAACAUGGAGAAGAAUACAGAUCCCUGUAGGGUGUCUGUCAAAACCCCUGGAUGUCCCACUCACAUUGCUACUGCUUUGAAUGCCACUGUUUAUAUAGUUGGGAAUCCUCAGUUGAAGUGGCACAAAGGGGCAUAAAACAAAUGAAGUCUUUUUUUGUCCCUGUAUGCAUGGUGACAGCUGCUGUGUGUGAUUAAGGUGAAACAUCCAUGGAAUCGUCCCUCCUCGUCUGUCAUCCUCCCUUUGUCUGUGAUUAGUAUAAUUUGACUGCAGUAGGCCAUCUAAUUAUCAAGCUUCUAUCCCAUAUUGUUCUCAGUGAAACACACUAUCUGCUGCAGUUUGAGCAUUCAUUAAACUCACUGCAGCCGCUUCUAGUGCUGGGCUGUCAAUGAGUGGGAGCCAUUCUGUCUGUCUGUCUGGUCUGUCUGUGUUUUUGAGUGAGUGCGUGUGUGUACCUGUAUGUGACAGCCAAUGUCUUCCAUCUCACAGGAAGUUCAAUUGAACUCUGACGUGACAAUGAGGAGCAGUUCCAGGGAAGUCAUCCCAGCCUCUCAGCAGGAUAUUUUCCAUCAGGAUGAACAGGUACAUUUAGAUAUUUUGGAUUACUCUGUUUCAUCACACGAUAGUAAAGCUGUGCUGACUACCCAGACAUGUUUGUCUUAGCUAUAUGUGUUAACAAUUGUAAAUCAUUGUUUUAAUCAGUUGUGAGAAAGAGAAAGAGAAAAACUCUUUAUUGACCACAGUCAGUACACUGACAACAAGAUAGACCUAGUAGAGAGUGGAUUAACUCUAAACAGCUUUAUUCUUUCUUCAGAUAAUUGGCAUUACAUAACACAGAUUCACUUUACAUGUCCCCAUAAGUUUCAAAGUAGGUGGGGAUUUUUCUAAUAGACGUGCCUUUCUGAUUCAGGUCACACAUGAAGAAAACAGCUUUGCCUCCAGCUAUGAAAACAACCAUAAUGAUGAAAGAGGUAGGAUGUUACUUCAUUAUAUGCUCAUUAUAUUUUACACUAUGCACCAUUAAUAAGAUCAAUAGCACUGCUCAAAUUAUUUUAAAUGAAAUCAUAUGAAGUAGAUGGAUGAAUCUUUAGGAUUCUAUUGUUCUGCCCUUUUUGAAUUUUUAGAGGAGGAAGGUCCUAGACUUACAACCAAGGAAUUAAGAGAUCACUUUGAGAGAACCAUUGAAGAAGCUGCCCCAAGCAAGCCAAUGAAGGUAAUUGGACAUGGUUAAUUAACAUGCUUGGUCUUAAACCCAUUUUAUUUCAAUGGACAAAAACAUGAUCAUUUUUGGUUUAGGUUACUGUUCACAAACCCUGCUGCUUUUUAUCCCCAUUGCUGAAAAAGUUAUUAACUUUAUUUGAAUGGUAAUUAGUAGCAAUAUAGCUAAUCUGUAAUUACAGCUUGUUAAAUAACACUAAGAUGUUUUUUCCCUUGUUAAAAAAAGUAUAAAAAUGAUUCUAUCAAACCAUGUCGGCCACCAAUCCCUCAGUUAAUAACGAUGAGAUUGAAUAUUGACAAUUAGUGAUAAACAAAGAGUUGGCAUGCUAUACAAGCUAUACAUGUAAUGUUUGCAUUUAAAUGUUGUUUCUUAAAACAUGUCAGGGACCUCUAAUGACCUCAAUCAUUAUUUUCUUCCCAAAAAGAUUGGCAGAGCUGACAUCAAUAGGUCUCAGUGGGCAUCAAAUAUAUCACAAAAACAGGUCUCAUCAAGUGAGAUACAAAAUGUAUCAUCAAAUGCAAUACAGAAUUUCUCUUCAAGUGAGAUAAAUAAUGUCUCAUCAAGUGAUAUAUGGGAAGAUUCUGCUACUGAAGCGAUAGAGGACACAUCUGCUAUUGCAGUUGACUACGAGGACACAGAAUGUUUCCCUCCACCACCUCCAGAAGAUUUAGAGUACUUCCCACCUCCACCCCCAGACUUACUGCAGGUCCCAUCAGAAAGUCCAGAUAUGCCAGUAGAGUGCUACUUAUCACCUGAGCCCCCGGAAUCAGCUUACCCCUCUAAACGUCCACUCAGUAGACAGGAAUACUUCAGACAGAGAAACCAAAAUGAGUUGAAGCGCCUUUACAAGCAUAUCCAUCCUGAGGUUCGUAAAAACAUAGAGAUGUAUAGUGAUGCGGCUGAGUAUGAGAACACCCAACAAGAGAGUCAGGAGGAGUUCACAGGGGAGACCAGGUAUAUAUACGACGAUAAUGGUAGCAGCCCCAACGACUGCAUUAGCCCAGAAGAAGAAUACCUGGAAUGGGAUGAGAUCCUCAGAGGGGAGGUGCAGUCAAUGCGCUGGAUGUUUGAGAACAAACCUCUGGAUGCCAUCAAAGAUGAUGCCUCAAAUGAGGAUGGAGACCAAAACAUGGAACAGGAGAUGAUUGUUGGGAGUGAUGUAAGAAGCAAAGCUUGGAUGUUUGAGACCAAGCACAUGGAUGCAUUGGGAUCAGACAACAUAGCUUCAACUAAAUAUAGACACAAAUUCAAUAAGUUGGACAAAGGAGAUGUCCGUGCUGCAGCCUGGUUGUUUGAAAACCAGCCCAUGGAGACCCUGAACAAAAUGCAUGGCGAUGAAGAGCUAACCAAAGAGAUAGUGUUUACCCAGGAAGAUGGCAGCUCUACCAUACACAUGCUUGAAUUUCAGUACAUGGAAACUUUAGGUCAUACUGAGACCAUUGAUGACAGUCACCUCCUGAGUCUGAGAUCAGUGCUUGAGGAAAUAAAGGGAGAAGUGAAGACUAUCACAAGCACAUUUGAGACUCAGUUUAUGUGCAUCCUCAUCGGACAGUCAGGCCAGAUGUUGGAGAUAACAUCUAUACGCAAAGUGGAGACUGAGAAGGGGGAAACUAAAACAUCAACCUGGCUUUUUGAAACCCAAGCCCUGGACAUGACUAAUAAACCCUCUGCCCCAGUGAAACUUGUGUGUAGCCUGUCCAUGGAAGACAACUAUAAAGAUGUUCACCGGGGUAGAUGGUUGUUUGAGACAAAGACUUUAGACUCCAUUAACAAAGAUGAAUGGGAAAGCUCAAUGCUGCAAAAGGAAGAGAUAAUCGGAGCUGAUGUUCGAAAACAUUGCUUAGCGUUUGAAACUCAGCCAAUGGAUUCUCUGAAAGAUGAUGCAAAUGCUGGACCCCGGACUAUCGGUGGUAAUGUUAGAUCUGCAAGACACUUCUUUGAGACUAGUCCCAAGGCAGCUUUGAAGGACCUCAAUGAGGUAGGGAGGCUCAAAAAGUUAGUGGCAACUGAAGAGAAGGGUGAUGUAAGACACCAAAAAUUGAUGUUUGAGAAUGAACGACUAGAGAACAUAAGAGACGAGAAGAAGGAGAUUAUUCGUACUGUGAACUUCGAAAAUCUCACUGAAGAUCAAGGUACAAGCUACAAUGCAGAUGUCCAUAGGAAUUGCAUGGUAUUUGAGACUCAGGCAAUGGAUACUUUGAAAGAUGAUUCAAAUGCUAGAGCCUUGUCUAAGGCGGAAAUUGUCAGAGGUAAUGUCAGAUCAGCAAGACAUUACUUUGAAACCGCUCCAGCUGACAAUUUAAAAGACCUUGCUGAGGUUGGCAAACUACAAAAAAUGGUGAGACUUGAUGAAGAGAAGGGGGAUGUGAGACACCAGAAAUGGGUUUUCGAAAGUCAACCCCUGGAGCACAUUCAAGAGGAAAAGAAGGAAAUAAUUCGAACCGUUAACCUGGAGGAAAUCGAUAAAGUGGAUGUCUCAAACUACAAGCAAAUAUUUGAAACCACAGACUUAACCAGAUGGGAUGAAUCACAAAAGAUACUUGUGGAGGGUGUAACAUGUGGCUCUGUGAAAUCUAACAAACAUCUGUUUGAGUCUACACCAAUGUAUGCCAUGCAAGACAGCUCUGGCCAUUACCAUGAGGUAAAAACAGUGCAUCGGGAAGAGGUUGUCAAGGGAGACGUAACUAGCUGCAAAUGGAUGUUUGAAACAAGCCCCAUUGACCAGUCUGAUGAAAGUAUCACUAAUUAUCAAGUUAUUAAGGGAAUAUCCAAAGAAGAAGUUGAGUCUGGUGAUGUUAAAACUGCCAAGUGGCUGUUUGAAACACAGCCUCUUGAUGCAAUAAAAUACUUCAGCAAUAUUGAAGACGAGGAAACUACAACUAAGGAAGGUGUUGAGAUUAUAAAAGGUGAUGUUAAAACCGGUAGGUGGUUAUUUGAGACUGAACUAAUGAAUGUCCCAUAUGAGAAGGAUAUGUUGAAGAGUGAAAAUGAGAGUGAGGAGAUACGCAAAGGAGAUGUAAAAACCUGCACAUGGUUGUUUGAGACACAGGCACUUGACACUAUCCGAGAUGAAACAGAAACUGUUCUACAAACAUGCACUGUGAAUCAAGAAGAUGUCCAGGGCAAAGAUGUACGCAUGGCUCGUUUUCUAUUUGAGACAGAGAAUCUUGAAAACAUCACAGGGGAAGGUGAGAGCUUUAAGAGGGUUACUGAGAUAGACAUUCAGUCAGGAGAUGUCAAUAGUAUGAAGUAUAUCUUUGAGAAUCAGUCCUCUGAUAUCAUGACCUCAACAUCUGAGGAGUUCAUGCAAAGUCUCAAAACUACACAAUCAACUACACAAUCAGAGGACAUCCAGAAAGGAAAUGUGGUGAACAGCAAAUGGCUCUUUGAGAACCAAUCCAUAGAUGCCAUACGUCAUACCCAAGAAGAGGCUCUGGAGACCCGCACUGUGACUGAUGUACAAGGAGGUAAUGUGGACAAAGGUCGUUUCAUUUUUGAGACAUACUCCUUGGACAAAAUCCAGGAGGUUUCCUCAGAGAUAGAUAUUACAAAGUUGCAGAAAAUAACUUGUGAGGAGGAAGAGAAAGGGGAUGUGAGGAACUAUACCAUGAUGUUUGAAACUCAGCCUCUUUAUGCCAUUCAAGACAAAGACGGCCAUUAUCAUGAGGUCACCACUGUCACAAGCGAGGAGAUAUUGAAGGGUGAUGUGAUCGGGUCCCGGUGGUUGUUUGAAACCAAGCCUCUUGAUUCUAUCAGGGAUAGAGAUGAGGUCUAUAUCAUCAAAUCUGUCACACAGGAGGAUGUUAAGAAAGGAGAUGUUACUUCAGCCAAGUGGAGAUUUGAAACACAGCCACUUGAUAAGAUUGCAGAGGACAUAAAAAUGUCAGUUAAAACUGUUGAAGAUAUUCAAGGAGGAGAUGUUAGAAUGAAUAAACAGCGUUUUGAAUCUGAUGAGCUGUCACAGAAGUCUGUGCGAACAGUUAAUGUGAGUGAAAUCCAAAAAGGUGAUGUCAGGACAGCAAAAUGGAUGUUUGAAACUCAAACAAUGGAUAAAAUACAUAGCCAGAGCGAAGAGAAUUUAAUAGAAACAGUCAUGAAAGAGGAGGUGUUAAGGGGAGAUGUUAGACAAUCAGUGUGGCUCUUUGAACAGAAUCCCCUUGACCAUAUAAAGGAGAUAGAUGAGGAUGAUACAGUAGUUGUUCAAGAGGAAAUCCCCAAAGCCGAUGUAAAGAAAACAACAUGGCUGUUUGAAACAACUCCGUUCCAUGACUUUAAUGAGAACAGUGUUGAGAAGUCGGAAAUCCUGGGUAAAAGUAUCAAAGGAACCCUUGAGGAACUUUAUAGCCAGAAAAUUGUUAAUUCAAAAGGAAUACUCAUUGAAGCAGAUGAAAUUGGGGACGUUAGAAUGGCAAAAUACCAGCUAAUGAAUAAGGAUUCUCCAGAGAUCCAAAGAGAGGAAAUCAUCAGGGGGGAUCUGAGCAACAUUAUGAUGAAUCUUUUGAACUGUCGGGAAAGAAUUGAGAGGGGGGUAGUGAUAGAGUCAGAAGAGAAGGGUAAUAUCAGUACAACAGUGCAUCAACUGUUCAACCAAGAGAGGGACGUAAAUGUGGAAAAGGAGGAAAUAGUAAGAGGUGACAUCCAGGAAGCUGUAAACAAUCUUCUCAAGGAGGGAGGAUCUGCUAAACGUGGUAUACUCCUUCAAGAGGAUGAGAAGGGAGAUGUGCGAAUGACUAUAUAUUCUCUUCUAAAUAAAGAAGAGGACAUCGAUGUUGAAAAGGAGGAUAUAAUCAAAGGCAAUAUAAGGAAUGCACUCCAAAGACUAUCCAACCCAGAAAACCAGGAGCAGACGAGGAUAAAGGUGGAUGAGAAAGAAAAGGGAAACGUGAACUUUUACUCCACCUGCAUUGAAUCUGGGGCGCUUGACUAUCUCAAACAACUCCAGGUAGAGCCAGAUGAGACACCACCUGAAAAGGUAGAGAAAGAGGAGAUUAUUAGAGGAGAUAUAAAGGGGACAAAACUCAUUCUUGACAGUAAUCGAGCACAAAUUGAACGUACAGUAGAUGAAGAGGACAUAGUGCGCGGAGAUGUUCACAACUCAGUCAAGGUUUUCAUGACUGAACCCACACUCUCACUGGAUGGCCUACAGAAAGAGGAAAUUGUGAGGGGUGAUUUGAAAGCAGCUAUGAACUCGCUGUCUCAGUCUGUAAAUCAGACAGUGGUUGUAGAGAAAGAGGAGGUGAUAAGAGGUAACAUACACAAAGCCCGAAGGCACCUUGAAUUGGCCCAAAGACGGCCCAAGGAGGUGGAAAAGCCAGAGAUUGUCCGUGGCAACAUCAAAGGGGCACUGAGGUCCCUAGAGAAAUCUGCAACCUCCAAAAUUGAAGUUGCCAUCGAAGAUUUUGUACCUGGAGACAUCAAAGGGACCUUAAAAUCCCUGGAGCAGGCAAAGCAAACAGUCAGGGAGAUCGAGAAGGAAGAGAUUGUAAAGGGUAACAUUCAUACAGCCAAGCAGUGUUUACAAUAUGCUUCUAAUAACAGGAGGACAGGCCAACAGGAAAUUGAUGUUCAGGGAAAUGUGAGAGGCACUAUUGAGCUCUUAUUGGAACCACCAGCUUCUCCAAGAAUGGCACGGAGACCCAGCUUCGAGGGUGAUGUGAAAAUGUCCAUUAAGUCACUCUACGAGACACAUGAGGUGCAUGAGACGGGGGAGGAACAAACUCAACCAGAGAAAGAGGAGGUGAUAAAGGGUGACGUUAAAGGCACAAUCAAAUCCUUGCUGGAAUCAGCACAGCGUGCAGCUCCUAAAAUCAGAGUGGGAGCUAGAAGGGUCAAAGUUCCUGUGGGAUCUCCAUUGCGCUCACAGCAAGGAAGCCCUCUAUUACGUUCACAGCAAGGUAGCCCUGAUUGUUCUGUUAUAAACAAAACUGAGAGUGAGACACUUAAAAAUAGGUCUAAAAGCAAUGAAGCACAAAGAAACUUACAAAAAAUAAAGACGGCUAAUUCAGUCAAAACUGAGAGCUCAACACAAGAGAAUCAAUCCCUCUCAACUCAAACCACAAUCAAUACAUCUGAAUCACAGACUACUCAACAAUCAACGAAAGUAAUGCAACACACAACCAUCACUCAAAACCAUGGUAUUAAAACUUUGGAGACUAAGUUCCGUAACCUCAAUUCAAGUAGAAAGGGUAUGAUCAGACUAGAUAAAACCAAAGUGAAAACAAAUGUUCUUACCCCAACACGGACAUUGUCUGAGUCUGAACUUUCUCUUCCUCCCCCACCUCCACCAUGUGAUGAUCAAUCAUCCCUAACCCCAGCCUCCUCUAUCAAUAGGCUGGACUUGGACCUUCCGCCUCCCCCAACUCCUCCUCCCCCACCACCUGUUGACUCUGAGCCUGAUCAUUUCCCUCCUCCUCCACCAUUACAGGAUUUCCUUCCACCCCCACCCUCACAGCAUGAACUGGACUCUAUGUCAUCCCAGACACCUCAUCAAUCACUAGCAAAAGCCACAAAAGUUACUGUCAAAAAGGUGAAAGGUCCUGCAUUGCACCAAGUGUCAAAACUUGAGCCAACCAGUCAGAUUCAGAAAAUUCAACAGGCAACCUCAGAGAAACAUACAACCAUAGCCAACAAAUCUGUGGUGGAAAUCAGCAAAACUCAAAUCGAAUCAACAUCAUUUUCAUCAAAAACAGUUUCAUCUGAAAUCCCAAAACCACCAGAAUCACCACGACCAUUAAAGAAGGUUUAUGUCGCCCCUAUAAGAUUUACUCCUCCACCCUCUCCUCCUCCCUUCAUGAAAUCCACUAGAUUCAAAACUCCAUUAAUAAAGGCAGAGGAAAAAUACAGAAAACAGAAAGUGGGUAGUACACCCCCUGCUACACCGAGUCCCAUUUUCAUGCAUGAGUCAGUCACUGUUGCCCUUGAAAUGCUCUCCUCUGAGGAGACCAGUAUGGAGCAAUCAAACAAGAGCAUGAUGUUUGGUUUCACUCAAGAGAAUGCUGAAAAGACUGUGACCAAUGUCAAGGUAGACACACAGUCAUCUGAUUUUUCCAAGCAUGCCCAAAUCUCAGAUACUCCUUUAAGCACGACUUUGAUAUCUGCUGUGAAUGGGCAAAAUCUCCCUGAAUCUGCUGUUAUUUCUGCAACUAAACACCAUAUUGUCUCUAAUGAGACAUCCAAAGUCUCCUCCGUUCAGCACCAGACCACAUCUAUUUCCUCCACAAAGCAACAGACAGUUACUGCAACUAAACAACAGGUAACGUCAGCAUCCACCGAGCAGUCACACUCUGCUGUAAGUAGCUCUCAAGUCCAGAUCUCGACCAGUGAUGCUAAAAAGGUUGAAAAUACAAAAAGAGAUGUCAGGAAAGAUGUAAAAAACCUCAAAACCAACUCUCAAGUCCAGAUCUCAACCAGUGAUGCUAAAAAGGUUGAAAAUACAAAACAAAAUGUAAAAAACCUAAAAACCAACUCUCAAGUCCAGAUCUCAACCAGUGAUCCUAAAAAGGUUGAAAAUACAAAAAGAGAUGUCAGGAAAGAUGUAAAAAACCUCAAAACCAACUCUCAAGUCCAGAUCUCAACCAGUGAUGCUAAAAAGGUUGAAAAUACAAAACAAAAUGUAAAAAACCUAAAAACCAACUCUCAAGUCCAGAUCUCAACCAGUGAUCCUAAAAAGGUUGAAAAUACAAAAAGAGAUGUCAGGAAAGAUGUAAAAAACCUCAAAACCAACUCUCUAGUCCAGAUCUCAACCAGUGAUGCUAAAAAGGUUGAAAAUACAAAACAAAAUGUAAAAAACCUAAAAACCAACUCUCAAGUCCAGAUCUCAACCAGUGAUCCUAAAAAGGUAGAAGAUACAAAAACAGACGCCAAGAAAGAUGUCAAAAAUCUAAAAACUAAAGAUUCCCAUAAAUCUGAGGACAAGAAGAACAAGGAUAAUUCUGCAUCCCAUGGACCCGAAAAGGUUUCUGACCAGCCUACCAAAACAGAAAAGGUAACCCAAGAAACAAUUGUCAAAGCAGCCAAAUCACCCUCGGAAGACAAAAAAAGUGAUAAUUCUGUAUCACAAGCACCUGAGAAAGUUCCUAGUCAGUCUAUCAAAGUAGAAAAGGUAACCUCAGAAACGAAUGUCAAAACAGGCAAAAAGAAGGCCAAAGGGCAAGAAAAGCAAGUAGAAGUAAAAGACACGAAACAGCCAGAUGAAACUAAGAAGGAAAACAUUUCACAGGUGAAGGAUGUAAAGGUGGAAGUGAAGAUGGAAGUGAAGGAUGUCACUAAGGUGAAGGUUUCUAGUGAGCAAACACAUCAUGAGACUGAGGACAAGGUCAAGGAGGACAACAACCAACCAGCAACUCCAACUCCCGCAAGAAAGAAGAAGAAGAAGAAGAAGAAGAGCUCAAAAGCUAAAGAUGCGGCUGCCUCUGCAGAAUCAACUAAAUCUGUUUCUGAAAGUUCCACUCAAAGUCAGGAGAUCACUGUAGUGCAGACACACAAAGCCCAUCAAGAGGAGCACAUUCAGGUACAUAAGGAAGUGAUUAUCACUGAAAGCAAAGUUCAUCAAAGUAUCCAGGAACAAGAAACAGUUAAAGUAAAAAAACAAGUCAAGGCAUGUCAAAAGAAGAAAGAGGUGACAGCAAACCAUCAGAUUCAAGAGAAACCAAAGGAGGAAUACAGAAAUGUUCCAGUGAAAGUGGAAAGUGAAAAAAUGACGAGCCAGUCAGCACAAAAGGAACAGUGCUCAACAGGGAGCACUGAGGAUUCUCAAAGACGUGAACAUGUCCAGAAGUUAAUCUCACAUAUAACAGAGUUAGAGGGAGCUUCAGGACAAAUGGAUUCUAAAUCUGUGAAAACAUUGCUCAAUACUAUUCCAGAGUGGCUCAUUGGUUCAGAGGAAAAUAUUUAUUUGGAGGGAACUGCAGUUGAACAUAAUAUACAAAAGCUUACAGAAAUUGUUUCAUAUGUGAAAAUACUAGCAAACGCAAAGCUGUUGUGUUUAGAGGGCACCCACACUACUCUGGAGAAGCAUGAGAGUGAACCUACUUCUGAAAAGAUCAUUGUUGGUGGUGCAACAAAAAAAAUACGUAAGAUAAGUAUUAGCUCUUCGAAAGUUGAAAGUCAAAAGAAAGUUGUGGAAAGCAAAAAGACAUCACAUGAAAGCAAAAAGCAAGAGUUGAGUGCAAAAUCUAUUGAUCAUAGAGCACCGUCACCCUUACUACAGAUGCGCUCACCCUCACCCAACUUUAUUACCAUUGAAACUACCCAGAGAACGGACUCACCUCGGAGAAUAACCCCAUCACCUAUCCCAAUGCACAGACCAGCCACUCUCCCAACACCUCCCCCUCGCAUAUUGGAACCUCCUACAUCACGCAUCAAUAGGGCCACACCCUCUCCCACUUUUUCUAGAGCAGAGAACUUGGCACGGAUAAAAGAUACUACAGCCCAGCUUUCCCGUGGAGUGACGGCACCUCCAGUUCCUCUUCCUAUGCAAGUCACAGAAAAUACAUCUGAGAUUGUGGAAUCCCCCGCAUCAUUCCAUCAGCAGAUCAAAAUUGAGGAACAGGCUGAGGAAACUUCAGAAGUGUUAGCCAAGACAAUUGUCACUGCCAAAAAACACAAAGACAAAAAACACAAAAAAGAAUUAUCUGAAGAGGCUCAAAAGGCUGAUGUGAAGGUCACAGGUGGAAGAUCAUUCCAUCAAAUGGAUAAAGAAGACAUGGAAGCUUCAGAAAUCUCAGAGUCUUUAAUGGUGACUACAUCAGUGAGAGACAAGAGGGAGUUUUUUGAAGAAGCUCAAAAAGCUGCAGAAAAUAAGACCUAUGUGCGAAAGGAUCCCGUUGACAUCCCGGAGCACUUGGGCCAAGACAUGGAGGAGCCCAAAACAACAAACCAAGAGAGUAAGGAUGAAACACAAAGCACAUCUGAGAAGGUCACAGAGAACAGCACUGAAGUAGUGGGAUCUACAGAGUCAACUGAUAAAGAAUUGAUGGAAGCUUCAGAAAUGUCAGAGUCAUCAAUAGUGACUAGAUCAGUGAGCGACAAGAGAGAGUUUUUUGAAGAGGCACAAAAAGCUGAAAUAAAUAAGACUUAUGUACGAAAAUACCCUAUUGAUAUCCUAGAGCACUUAGGUCCAGCCAUUAUGGAGCCCGAAACAGAAAACCAAGAGAGGAAGGAAGAUGUACAAAACACAACUGAGCAAAUCACAGAGAAAAUCUCUGAAGAAGUGGGAUUUAUGUGGGAAGACCGGUGGGAGUCAGCUGCCAUAGAGGCUAUGGAAACUUCUGAAUUGUCAGACUCAUCAGCAGUGACAUCAGUGAGAGACAAGAGAGAGUUUUUUGAAGAGACUCAUAAAGCUAAAGUAAAUAAGACGUAUGUGCGAAAGGAUCCCAUUGAUACCCCUGAGCGCUUGGGUCCAGACAUGGAGGAGCUCGAACCAGAAAACCAAGAGAAUGAGAAAGAGAACCUUCCAAAGGUUGACUUGUCUGGAUUAGUCAACAAAUUUGAAACACCAGAAGAGAAAGUUUAUGUCAGAAAGCCUAUCACAAUGAGAGAAAGAUGUGGGAGUGAGACGGAAUACACAGAGUCUGACAUAGAAAAUACAGAAACUCAAGAGGAGGAAAUGCCUACUUUUGACAUCAAGGCUAUUAAAAACGUUUUUGAAAUGAGUGAGCAAAGUCCAUCUUUCAAAGAAGAGAAAAAUCAACUGGAUGAGCUGGAGUCAAACCUGAGUGAAAACACAACAGACAGUUCAAAACAGGAUAACACCCAGGAGACACAGAGGGGCUCCGGGCAGAUCUCGCCCAUGCCUUCCCAGAAAAAAUUGCAACACAUGUCAGUAGACCCAACAGACUUUUCUGAAACCAAGUCAGUCACACAGCAUUUCUCGAGCUUCGAUGAAUUCGUCAACAAGACAAUUGGAUCACUGAGCAGCACAACUGUGUCCCAGCACUCAAAGAGCGUAACAACCCACCGUGCCCCCUUCUCAAAUGCUGACAUGGUAAAAAAAAAGGUUUCUCAGGUGACGCUGUCUGAAACCCCUGAUGAGGCUUUCCACAAAACAUGGCCGGAGAGUGAGAGUGUUUUCAAGAGUCUCGGCUACAGUGUCUCGGAGGAGAGAACAUCACAUGUUGUGUCACAUCAAACGAAGACUGUUGUUACUGGUAAAGAGUUGUGCAGCCUGCAUGAUGGGACUUGAAACUAACAGUAAAUAAUGGCAUGUAAAAAUGCCCCCUCUGAUUUUCAAUAAGACCUAACAUAUUUACAUGUGCCUGCUUUGACAUAGAGAGAGAUUAUAACAAAUGAUUCAAUGAAUAAAACAUGGCACAAGAACAAGACCUAAGCAUGUUACGAUGACAUGCGGGGAAUAGCAUCUCACACAUACAAUAUAUUGUAAUGAUCCUAUUUAAAUGCAACCGUUCUCAUUUUUGACCUUCAAAACCAACACAAAGUACAAGAUUGGGUCAAUACUGUUUGUUAUCAGUAAGUAGUGUAUUUUUUUAUUGCACCAAUAAUGUGAUUGUGCCUGUUUGAUGAUUUACUAUACUACGCAUGGUCAUGUAAUUAUGCCUUGAUAACAUUUCUUAAUAACUGAGUCAUUGUAUGUUGUGAUAAAAGAAAAAAAAGGCUAUAAUGAUGUUCACUUUUCUCUGGCAGACUCAAGUUCCCAAGUCGGAGCUUUGCACUGUAUGUCGGAGGAGGGUCUAUCCGAUGGAGGCUCUAAUAGCGGACAGAAAAAAAUUCCAUAAAUCUUGUUUCUGCUGCGAGCACUGCAGAAAUAAAUUAAGGUAAUGUAAAUAUCACCCAAACCAAGGUGAAUUCAAAGUACUGUAAGUGGAUUUUUGCUGUGAACUGGUAAACAGUGCUUGAAUGGUUGUGGUCCCAACAGUUUGUUGCUGCACAUAAGACACCAAUUCUAUUGUGCUAUGUUUGCAAAUUAAGCAGUAAAAGGUUUGACAUGUUUGUGGAAUCUUGGAAUUAAUUGUAUCCCUUCUUCACACUGUUUUGCAUAAUAAUUUGUUCUGUCUCCUCCAGCCUUGGCAACUAUGUCUCUCUCCAUGGACAUUUGUACUGUUUACCCCACUACAAACAACUAUUCAAGUCCAAAGGGAACUACGAUAAUGGAUUUGGUCAGACAUUUCCCAAUGAAAAGAACGUCAACGAAAGUGGUCGACUCAUCACCUCAUCAGAGCGACUUGAUUGGAGGUAUUCACAGAGCAGCAUAGGCUCAACAGAAAAAUACACCCUUGAAAAAGAAUUUAUGAAAUCAAUUGAUGAGAACAAAGUAAAUAGUAAUAAGAUAUCUGUUGUGUGGCCUCCACAAGCCCAAUCCCCACAGAAAACCUUUAAAGUAGAGGAGGACGUAAAGCUGAUUAAGCCACAAUGGCCUCCGCAGGACAAUUCCCAAAAGUCACCCAAACAACAACAUAGAAAAGCUAUUUCCAGGAGCUUUCUUUGA